AUGUUCUUAAAGCACGAUGGGACUGCUUCCGGUAUUCAUUUAAUGGCGGCAUCUUCAAGAGAGACAUUCUUAAAUGUAUUUCUCAAAUCAUGUUACAUCUUUCUUUUACUUUCUUUCUAUCCUUCUUUCUUUCUUAUCUCACGCCAUUCUUUUUCGUUUAUUUCUUUGCCUCUUAACUUUCUUUUUUUUUUUCUUUGUUUUGUUUAUUUCUUUCUUUUACCAUCCUUUGGUUUCCUUUAUUUUCUAUGUCGUUUGCAAUUUCUUUAUUUCUUUUUGGAAUCUCACGUAAUUUCUUCCUUUACUUUCGUUUCCUUCUUGCUUACAAUUUUCUUUCUUUCUUACUUUCUUUUUCCAUUUUCAUACUAUUCUUUUCUUUCUUUUUCUUCUUGCUUACAAUUUCUUUCUUUCUUUUGCAUUCUCAUAGCUAUUCUUUUCUUUCUUUUUCUUCUUCUUUUCUUUUCUUUCUUUUCCUUCUUGCUUACAAUUACUUUCUUUCUCUAUAAUCCAUUCUUUCUUUCUUUCUUUUCCAUUCUCAUAGCUAUUCUUUUCUUUCUUUUUCUUUUUUUCUACCUGAUUAAAAUUUGCUUUCUCUUUCUUCCUUCCUUUCUUUCUUUUCCAUUCACGUAUCUAUUCUUUUCUUUCUUUUCCUUCUUGCUUACAAUUUCUUUCGUUCUCUUUCAUUCGUUCGCUCUCUUUUCUUUCUUUCUUUCUUUCUUUCUUUUACAUUAUUAUAGUUUUCCCUUUCUUUUCUUUCUUGCUUACAAUUUCUUUCUUUCUGAUUCUUUCUUUCUUUCUUUUUCAUUCUCAGUUAUUCUUUUCUUGCUUUCCUUCUUGCUUCCAUAUUUUUUCUUUCUAUUACAUUCAUUUUCUUUCUUUUUAUUUUCUUUCUCGAUCUCUUUUCUUUUUUCUUUUCUUUCUUUCUUUCAAUUUAUUUCUCUUUCUUUUCCAUUUUCAUACUUUUUAAAUUCUUUAAUUUCCUACCUGUUUAAAAUUGCUUUCUCUUUCUUUUUUUCUUUCUUUCUUUCUUUCUUUCUUUCUUUUUCAUUCUUUCUUUCUUUCUUCCUUUCCUUUUCUUUUCCAUUUUCAUAUUUUGGGGUGGGGGGUUUCCUUUCUUUAAUUUCCUACUUCUUUAAAAUUUCUACUUUCUUUUUUUUCUUUCUUUUCCAUUCUCGUGUUUUCAAUUUCGUUCUUUCUUUCUUUUCUUUCUUACUUCUUUUUCUUUCUUUAGCUUACCCCUUCUUUGUAAUUUCUUUCUAUUUUUCUUUCUUUCCUUUGUUUUCCUCCUUGCUUACAUUUUCUUUGUCUCUUUCUAAUCUCAAUCCUUUUUUUUAUUUUUCUCUUUCAUUUUGCUUUUUAUUUUAUUUUUUUUAUUUACUAAUAAUUUCUCAUUUUUCUCCUUCGUUAUCUUCUUUUGCUCUUUCCUUCGUUGUUUAUUUCCUACCUUAA